ACAACAGUUACGAGUCGAACGUUGCCAUUGAGUGAACUUAAAAGCGGAUACCAAUCAAAAACGCAAAUAGAAAAACGUCGAAAUACAAAUAAACAUCAAUUAAUUAAAUAAUUAACAAAUCAAAUCGAGAAAAGCUACAAAAAAACAAAAGGUUUACAAAAAAAUUCUAUAAUUGGAAUUUUAACAGUCAAACACAAAUAAAAUUUUAACAAAAGCACCUAACUAACAAGUUAGCAUUUUAUUACGUUUUUAUAAUUCUUAUUCUUAAAAUAUAAACAUUUUUAUGUGGUAUUUGUGAGAGUGUGUCUUAGAAUUACAAGUGAAUAAAUUAAAUAUGAAAAAUAUAUACAAAAAUUAAUAUACUAUUAUACAUAAGAUUCAAUUCUUUAAUAACAAAUUAUUUAAUUAAUAACAAAAUCAAAGAAAUUCUUUUUAAAACUAGAUUUUAAAAAAGAAAUUAUUGCCUAAAAAAAAAAUAGAAAAGAAAAUAUUUACCAUCCACAAAACGAACAAGUUCCAUUGUAAGUCUGCUUGUAUGCUAGAAAGACGAAAAAGAAGAAGAAAAGAAAAUUAUAUCUCCCAGUCUCUUGGAGCAAGUGUCUACAUGUUUUUUUGUUUUUCUUAAACAUUCCCUCCCUGCAAUAUGUACAUCAUUUAACACGAAACUACUGGAGUGGAUUUUGCUGAAGUGAUUAAAAUUGGAAAAUAUAAUAAAAAUAAGUUGCACUCACGCACAGUGAUUGUAACAGAAUGUGCUCGUGAAAUGCCAAACUGUAAGGCACUGCAGCUGCGUAAAUUUCCACCAAGAAACGUAAUUACCAGUAAAAACACGCACUAAUUGUUUAAAUUUUGAGAAAACUGUUACUGUUGCUGCUUAUUAAUAUUUUUUUAUAUUUAUUUUUUUUUUGGCAAAAUACGAGCAUUCAACUUUAAAUAUAAUAAAAAAUUAGAAAUUAUUCACCUUUAAGUGAAAAUUAAUUGAACGUUGAAAAAAUAACACACAAAAAAAGAAAAUUCAUACGUGAGCUGUAAUCUUUGCCAAUUAAUUAAAAAAAAAUAGCAAAACGCUUUUCUACUUCAACAAACAAACAACAAACAAAAUCACUAAUUGACUAAACGCUUUAAUAAAACAAAAAUAAAAAAUAACAAAAACUUAAACUUAUUUAAAUAACAAAUUAUAACCAAAGUCUAAAGGAAAAACAACAACAACAAAAGUUCAAUUUUCAUUUAAGUUUAACAGCAACAUGUUCAUGAAUUUAUGUUGCAUGCAACCGUUUAAAUGUUUUACGAAAAUAUAGCAAAAGUACUUCAGCCAUCAGCAGCAACAUCACCUCACCAAACGAAUCAAUCACACAAAAGCCAAUAAAAAGUUUAGUGAAAUUUAUGUUUGAAAAAAAAAUAAUAAUUCAAAUAAAAUCAAAUCAUUCGCCAAAUUAAAUUUCAUACGUUAUUAGUGUAAAAAAUUUAAAUAAAUUAUUUAUUUUUAAAUAUUAGUUCAAAGCAAAAAAGUCACAUAAAAAAAUAUGUAUCGUCCAAAUUUCUAUGAAUCAACGUGUUUGCGUUGUAGUGAAACUGUUUAUCAGGUGGAUCGUGUGGGCCCGUUAAAGGAUUUUACAUUUUUCCAUUCGGGCUGUUUUAAAUGUGUACACUGCGGCACAAAAUUAACACUCAAAACAUACUACAAUAAUCAACAUAAACAGGAUGAUAAGGAGGUUUACUGUCAUUCACAUGUACCAAAGAGUGGACCUGGUCAUUUGGAUAAUACAUCUGUGGGUAUAAGACAAGCUUUAAAUGCGCCGCGUACAAAUAAAUUUGUUAAUGAACAAAUACGUGGUGCACGUUCUGAAGUUGAUGAUCUUUAUAUACUUAAAGGAAGUUUCGGUUCAAGACAAUCAACACCAAAUGGUUAUGGCAGUCGUGAGGUGAGCUCACCAUCACAGAAUGAUUCCGAUUACAAAUAUGGACGUUUCGAUGCUAGUGCGCUACAUAUUGCACAUGCUCUUAAACAGACUGAAAUACAAAAGGCCUAUAAUAAGGCGAGAGAAAAACCAAUUGAUUUCUAUUUGGCUCGAGAGGAACAGGCUCGACUCGAAAUGAAACAUCGCAAAGAGGAAGAUGAACUAUAUCGUAAAUUUGCACGUAAACGUGAAGAGGAAGAUCGUAAAAUCCAAUCGGAAUUCCAAACAGAAUGGGAACGUGAAUUACAGAGAUUGGCGCAUAAAUUCGAAAAGGAAUUGGCCACAUCAAGACGUAAUCGUGAAGAACAAAAUAUUCUUACGCUGCGGCAUGAGCAACAGAAAGAGGACUUGGAGAAGAAUAUGACCCUGAGACGAAGCAAAAAGAAGGAAAGUAUAACACGUAAAAUGUUGGAACAUGAACGUUACGAAACAGCGGCUCUAGUCGAUCGUCAGUCCAGUGAAAUGUUAGAAUUGAUAAGUGCUCGUCGUUCGGAGUAUAUGCAGAACGAAAGCAUUUUCCUGGAUGACGAGUUCAGUGAAGGUGUAACACCCAUGGAGUAUCCCAUGUUAGCACCUCUGCCUGCACCGCCAGCUGUUAGUAAAUUCCAAAUUUAUACCGAUCCCAUAGAAUUUGAAGAUGUCGAUCGUAUAGCCAUUUCCGUAGCCCAGGAAGAUCAAAAGACCUUUACCGAUCUAGUGCGUCAAUUGGUGGGACGUUGCACCACCGACAUAGAAAAAGCCCGAACAAUAUUCCGUUGGAUAACUGUGAAAAACCUUAAUGCCAUGCAUUUCGAUGAUGAUUUGCGCGGUGAUACACCCAUGGGUCUAUUGCGUGGCAUUAAAUACGGCACCGAAAGUUAUCAUGUAUUGUUUAAACGUCUUUGCAGUUAUGCUGGUUUGCAUUGUGUGGUCAUAAAGGGUUAUUCCAAGAGUGCCGGUUAUCAGCCAGGUGUUAAGUUCCAAGAUUCACGUUUCCGUAAUUCUUGGAAUGCCGUCUAUGUAGCUGGUGCCUGGCGUUUCGUUCAGUGUAAUUGGGGUGCCCGUCAUCUGGUCAAUGCUAAGGAGGCGCCCAAAACGGGUAGAGGCAAAAAUGAUAGUCUAAGAUAUGAAUAUGAUGAUCAUUACUUCUUAACGGAUCCUCGGGAAUUUAUUUAUGAAUUCUUCCCCCUCCAAGAAGAAUGGCAACUACUUAAGAGACCUAUUACGCUGAGAGAAUUUGAAAAUCUACCUUUUGUUCGUUCUUUAUUCUUCCGUUACGGUUUGCAUUUCGCCGACGAAGGUUACGGAGCAGUAGUGUUUACUGAUGAUACUGGAGCUGCUACUGUACGCAUUGCAAUGCCCACGGAUAUGCAAAGUUGUCUGAUUUUCCACUAUAAUCUGAAAUUCUAUGACAGUGAUGAGGACUCAUAUGAUGCCGUUUCACUUAAACGUUUUGUCAUGCAAUCAGUAAUUGGCAACAUUGUAGCCUUUAGAGUACAUGCACCCUGUUCGGGAGCAUUUUUGCUGGAUAUUUUUGCCAAUGCAGUUACGCCUCAGGAGUAUUUGACGGGUGAACCAAUGAAGUUUAAAUCUGUUUGCAAAUUUAAGAUAUGUUGUGAAGAAUUGCAAACAGUUAUGGUACCAUUACCCGACUGUGCCAGCGGUGAAUGGGGUCCCACCAAAGCUACAAGACUUUUUGGUUUAAUACCAAUAACACAUCAGGAUCCUUUAAUAUUUGCUGGCCGCAGUUUAGACUUACAAUUUCGUAUGUCUCGUCCAUUAACCGAUUUUAUGGCAACACUUCAUAAAAACGGCAUUGAAGAGAAAAAACUUUCCAAAUAUGUUACACAUAAUAUAUUGGAUGAUAUUGUUACGUUUAUCAUUAAUUUUCCCGAAGAAGGACAAUAUGGUUUGGAUAUAUACACACGUGAAUUGGGUGCACCACCGCAUCAUAGUCAUCAUCACAAUAACUCCUCUUCAUCGUCUAGUGAAAAACAUUUGCUGACACAUUGUUGUAAAUAUUUAAUUAAUUCAUCGAAACGUAAUUAAUACAAUGUGUCGUCAUCCGUGGACACUACGGUAGUAUGAGAGAAUGAGAGGGAGAAAUAAUUAGUUGUUUUCUUUUUGUUUAAAUUUAAAUUUAAUUUCUGUUUUUAUUAUUUUAUAUUAAUAUGACAAAAUCUGAUAUAUACAUAUGUAUGUAUAGUUGCAAAGACACUUUAUGCACAUUAAGAACAGUGAUGAUUUUAAAAAUAACAGUUUUAAUUUUGUUCAUUAUCGAUUUUCGAAUUUGUUGAUGGGAAUUUGAAAGUGUUUACUUUUGAAUCGUGUUAGAGAGUUAUAAACCAGAAUUUAAUUUUGAAAUUAUGAAACAAUUUUGAAAAUUUAUUUGCUUUUUUUUUGCUCAUCACUGUAUGUGUUUAUUAAUUUGUGUAACAGUAAAGUGCAUUGUUACUUUGUUCGUUAAAAUUUAUUUAUAUACAGAAAUAUACCAUUUUUUUAUUCAUCCAGACUUAUGUACUAUAAAUGCUUGUUAAUUAUAUGCUGAAUAAAAAAUUAUAAAAAAUUUAAACCUUUACAGUCUGAUGCAAAAGUAAAACAUUACUCUUGAACUGUGUACUAAAUUUUCGUUAGCAGGAAAUAAUGAUCAUGCGCUCAUUGUGAUGAGAAUCGAACCCAUGAAUUUUGAACUUCGUUCACACGAUGCACAUAUUCGUCAUUCACUCUCUCAUUCUUUUUUCAACAUUCAAUUACCAACUGGAAUACAUAAUUCGCUAUACAAAAUGUCAACUGCUAAUUACACAAACUGUACAUAAUACUCAGUUCACACGACGCAAUUUUUUGUUAUCCAUGCUCUCAUUCGUCAUUUAUACCAAAUUACCAACGAAUGAAUCUAAUUUUUAUCGAGUAUUUAUCAUAAUCAGCUGUUUGUAUUCAUUUUUUGAAGACAAAUAUAAUUAUGAAAAAUAUAUAAUCUAUUACAUAAUUGGUUAAAAUAAUGCUUCCAAAGUCCCAGCAAUUCGAUCGAACAGUUCCGAAUUACAUAUUUAACAUGCCAUUUAGGGUUAACACUUGCCACCGAGCGUCCAGGUGACUAGCUUUUUUAACAUGUUCCUGCCUUAUGUGUCAAGUCAAUUGUUACCCCAUAGAUUACGAAUAGCAAAAUCCUUGAGUUUGUUUUUCAAGUCUCCACUCUCUCGCCCACAAAGGGGACACUAAAGUGACGAUUGUCUUCAACCUCGUUUAAAAAGAAUACAUCCGUGAGGGGGAUGAAAUACAUCCAAUCAGGUGAUUAGACGUAAAUGGAAAUCACUGUAUUUUUCGGAUAAAUUGACUCUUUUAUCAAUCUGCUGAGAUAUCUAGUAUCCAUAAUAUAACAAAAUAAUGAAUGAAUAUCAAACAACAUGGCGGUGAACUGUCAAAACAAAUUACGAAUGUGUCGUGUAAACGUGUUAAUUGUCUAUUACAAUUCAAAAGCCUAAUUAAGUAAACACAACUCUGCGUGUGAACUUGGUAUUAGUUUGCUAAAUGCGUUUUACUUUUGUCACAUACUGUAACCAUUAAAACUGUAAAACAGUAUAUUCCAAACAUGUUUUAUUGUGUUAAGUUGUAAAUUUAAAUAAAAUUAAAAUUAAUAUAAUAGUUAAUGUUUUUUUAUAAAUUUAUAUUCAUUUAAAAAUAAACAUAAUUCUAUAUUGUAUAAUGAUUUAUUAUUUGUUAAUUUAAUAAUUUAAUAUUCACAACAAUAAUAAAAAAUAUUCAAGUAUUUAAAGAAAAAUACAUCACUUGGUGCUAUAGAUGGCGAAAAUUUAAAAAAAAAUACACAAACAAUUAAUAAUACUAUUUAUAUAAAAAUAAUAAAAUAAUAAUAAUA